AUGGCUGUAUACGAAACUCGCUUCAAGCUCAAUACUGGUGCGGAGAUCCCCGCCUUGGGUCUGGGAACAUGGCAAUCGAAGCUUGGAGAGGUUGAGAGGGCUGUCAGCCAUGCUAUCUCUGUAGGAUACAGACACAUCGACACUGCCUACUGCUACCAGAACGAGACAGAGGUCGGCAAUGGCAUCAAGGAGGCGUUGCAAUCUGGAAAGGUCAAGCGUGAGGAUUUGUUUGUCACCACCAAGCUGUGGUGCACAUACCAUACACGAGUCGAAGAGGCUCUGGACAAGAGCUUGAAGAACCUGGGCUUGGACUACGUAGACCUCUACCUGAUGCACUGGCCCUUGGCCAUGAACCCUGAGGGAAAUCAUGAGCUGUUCCCCAAGCACCCCGAUGGCUCCCGAGACAUUGUCCACUCGCACUCCCACAUCACCACGUGGAAGAGCAUGGAGAAGCUGCUGGCUACCGGCAAAACCAAGGCUAUUGGUGUCUCCAACUACAGCAAGAAGUACCUUGAGCAGCUACUGCCCGAGGUGACUGUUGUUCCGGCCGUCAACCAGAUCGAGAACCACCCAUCUCUUCCUCAACAGGAGAUUGUAGAUUUCUGCAAGGAGAAGGGAAUUCACAUCACCGCAUACAGCCCUCUGGGAAGCACAGGAAGCCCCUUGUUCACCGCUGAGCCUAUUGUCGCGGUUGCGAAGAAGAGAGGAGUCAGCCCGGCCAGUGUUCUCCUCAGCUGGCACAUCGCCCGUGGAUCUUCCGUUCUCGCCAAGUCCGUCACACCUUCACGUAUUGAAGAGAACCGCACCAGCCUGAUCAAGAUCGAUGAUGAGGAUAUGGCUACCAUCGCCAAGUACACAAACGAACUCGCUGAGAAGAACGCCUUCCAGCGGUUCGUCUAUCCUCCUUUCGGUGUUGACUUCGGCUUCCCAGAUAAGUCGUAA